AUGUUGACAAUUCUAAUAGAAAGGGCUAAGGAGGCUGGUCAGGUAGGUGGCCUGGUGCCUCAUCUAGUUGAUGGAGCCACAGCUCCAAGAAUACGUACGCGGAGGAGGUGGCUCGGGCCGGUGUCGACGCCGUCCGGCGCGGGCCAUGGGCCCGCUUCCAAGUGCGUCUGCGCGCCGGCCACCCACGCCGGGUCCUUCAAGUGCCGCUUCCACCGCAUCAACUCCCAGGGCCACGACCAGGGCCACGGCCAGGGAAGCCGCCCUUCUUCGCCCCCUUCACUGGCCACGGCCAACGAGGUGCCGCGGCACCCGGCCUCGCCGUCCUCGUCCUCCGGCACCGUCGCGACCCAGUGA